AUGCCUCCAAAGAAAUACAAUAUAGCCUCUAUUCCUGCCGACGGCAUCGGCAUCGAAGUUGUCGCAGCUACAAUCGAUGUUAUCGAACAUCUCGUCAAAACCUUAAAGACCUUUGAAAUCGAAUUCACACACUUUCCCUGGGGCACAGCCUAUUACAAGAAAACCGGAGAGUACCUGCCAGACGACGCCUUGGACGUGCUAAGGAAAUUCGACGCGUGUCUUUUCGGCGCUGUUGGCGCUCCUGAUGUCCCCGAUCACAUCUCCCUCUGGGGCCUUCUUCUCGCUCUUCGCGGCCCACUCCAGCUGUACGCAAAUGUACGACCGGUGCGCAUGUUCCCAGGAACACGACCACGUCUAGCAGAUUGCAAACCCUCGGAUAUCGACUGGGUUCUCGUACGCGAGAACUCAGAAGGCGAAUACGCCGGCCAAGGCGGCCGGAGCCACCUUCACCAACCAUGGGAAACAGCCACAGAGGUAGCUAUCUUCACACGCGUAGGCAUCGAGCGCAUCAUGCGAUUUGCCUUUGAGACCGCGCGGUCACGGCCACGCAAAUUCCUUACUGUGGUGACCAAGAGCAACUCGAUGCGGAAUGGGAUGGUGCUAUGGGACGAGAUCGCGCGCGAAGUGGCGCGCGACUUCCCCGACGUGACUUGGGAUAAGAUGCUGGUUGAUGCCAUGACUGUGCGGAUGGUGUGCAAGCCCGCGUCGCUGGAUACGAUUGUAGGCACGAAUCUGCAUAUGGAUAUCCUAUCAGAUCUGGCGGCGGCCCUGGCCGGUUCCAUUGGUGUUGCGCCGUCGAGUAACCUGGAUCCAACGCGCAGGAGCCCGUCGAUUUUUGAGCCGGUACAUGGGAGUGCUUUUGAUAUUACUGGCAAGGGGAUUGCGAAUCCGGUGGCGACGAUCUGGUCGGCGGGGGAAAUGCUGCGGUGGAUUGGUGAGGCAUCGGCUGCAGAUGUGCUUAUGGAUGCUCUCGAGCAAGUUUGCAGGAAUGGCGUGUUGACUCCUGAUUUAGGAGGUACUGCUGAUACUAAAUCAGUGGCUGCCGCGGUUUCUGCGGAGAUUGAGAAGAUUGUUGCCUCUCAGGCGUCGUCAUGA